AUGCGGCAGUCGUUGACCAAGGGUCGAGAAAUUAUGUUGCCCAAGUGGCAGCCGGAUUCAGAGGUCUCUGGGUGUCCAAUAUGCUCGAGGCAAUUCACAUUCUGGUUUCGGAAACACCAUUGCAGAAAAUGUGGUCGGGUUGUCUGCGCCAACUGCUCUCCGCAUCGAAUCACCAUUCCCCGACAGUUUAUAGUCCAUCCACCCGAGUCUGCGCAGAGUGAAUCUACUAUUGGCCGAAGCAAUUCUCUCGUAAUCGACCUGACGGGUGAAGAUGGAUCUUCGGCUCGUCCAGAAAUACAGCCAACAUGGAUCAAUUCACAGCGAAUGUCGAAUCCUGGCCUUGGUGGGGGAGAAGAGGUCCGAUUAUGCAACCCUUGCGUUCCAGACCCUCAACCUAGUCGACAUGCCACGAUGGAUCUUGCAGAAUUUCUGCGUCAAGGUCGCACGCAGAACGAGGCCGGAACAACUCUGCAGCAACCGCAACGACGUCGGUCGCUGCAUCUCGACUCCGGCCAGUCCAGUCUAUACAGCCAGCAUUUGCCGUUGAGCGAAGCGAGAGAAUUACGACGUCAAAGGGGACGGGGGAUGAUAUUCCAGCCUGCUGGCGAGGACCUGAACACCAUCCAGACCAGAGCAGAAGAGAUUCCUGAUGAAAGCCUCCCAGCGUACGGAAAUUUCAACUACACCGUCAUCCCCAGUUAUGGCAGACGGGACGGUCCUCCACGCUAUCAUUCCAAUCUUGGUCCGACCUUCUCGCCCCCAGGAUAUACCUCUGUUGGGACGAGCGCAGCAUCAGCGCACAGCCGUGAACGGCCCCAUUCUGGACCUCUAUUGCCUGGCACCGCAUCUGCUCAUCUGUCCCGUUCCAACUCGAACCAUUUGCCAGCACACUCUCGAUACUCAUCCAUGGAUGCCAUGUCGAGAAUGACAUCUUCUAUGAGCAACCGACCUCGAGUAAGAUCGAUGCUUGAUGCAGAUCCAGGAUUCCGACGUUUCAUGGACCAGAUGUCAUCCUCAGCCUCUGCUCGGCCUCAUCAUCCUCCCGGGCCACGAUUACAAGAAAGUGAUAUCUGCCCGGUCUGCCGCGAUGCUUUGCCUUCCAUAGGUGCUGACGGUGAUGAAACGGCAAGGGAAGCUCAUGUCAUGGAAUGCAUCGCUGCUCGGGACCCUUCAUCGCCAGGCUCGACGUCAUCAAGACGACGAUCUAUGGCGCAUUCUCCGUCGACAGCACUUGUUCGAAUGUUGCCAUUUACAGCUUCCGAGAAGGAUUGUGUCGGCGAAGACGGCACGACUCAGGAAUGCUCGAUCUGCUUUGUCGAGUAUGAUGUGGGAGAUCAGCUGGCGAGGCUGGAAUGCCUGUGCAAGUUUCACAGGACAUGCAUAGUGGAAUGGUUCUCUAGGAAGCAAGAGUGCCCGGUGCAUAAGAUUGCUUGA